CGCUGCUGGGCGCAGUGACGAGUGAGUGUGGAAAUGGCAGCGGGCGGAUCGUACAGUAUAGUGGAGUAUUUCGGGGGAGAUGAUGGCUAUCGCUGCGGUUACUGUAAACAUGAGAAGGGCAAUUUUUCACACGGCAUGUGGUCCCAUACUAUGACAGUUCAGGACUACCAAGAUCUCAUUGACAGAGGAUGGAGAAGAAGUGGCAAAUAUGUUUACAAGCCCACUAUGAAUAUAACCUGCUGCCCACAGUACACCAUCAGGUGCCAUGCCUUGAACUUCCAUCCAUCAAAAACGCAUAAAAAGACCUUGAAGAGGAUGAACAAAUUUCUCUCCACGGGAGAGAUGCCUGUAGAACAGAAUGAUGGGGGGCAAGGUGUUUUAGAAGAAAUCAGAGGUCGCCUAAAGCCCCUCUCUUCCAUACUUCAGAGGACAGUGGCUAUAGCUGCAGGAAAAACCCAGUCGUUUUUGUCAGGAGAGCCGAUGGACUCCGUGCAUGAAGAAGGUGUUCGACCUCCUCCUCAAGACCCUCUGAAGAUAGACCACACUGAUGAAGAGGACAUCGCCACCAGUCCUGACACAGAAGCAGACACCAGAUCAACUACAUCAACAACUCCCAGAGAAGAUGCAGCACCUGUCCCAGAAGAUAAAACCUCAAAUGUUGCACCCAAACCAGGCAAGGGAGCCGACCCCAACAGACCUCUGUGUCGAAAAGCUAAGGACAUUAGGAAAGAGCGACGACUUCAAAAAGAGCAACAGAAGCAGCAAGAAGGGACAUCUACAUCUCCGAAUCCCACCCCAUCAAAAUCUGCAUCUUAUCAGCCUAAAUUAUUGGAGGAAUUCAUUUUGGAGUCCUUACCGAAUGACCCUCUUCACCGUUUAGAGGUGAGGUUAGUGCCUGUCAGCUUUGAGGACCCGGGCUUCCUGGCGUCCUACGAGCAGUCGGCGGCGCUGUACGCCUGCUACCAGAUGACCAUUCACAGCGACUCAAUGUACGAGUGCAGGGAGAGCGAGUUUAAAAGGUUCCUCUGUGAUUCGCCAUUAGAGGCUGAGUCAGCUCCUGAUGGUCCUGAUGUGGGCUAUGGAUCAUUUCAUCAGCAGUACUGGUUGGAUGGUAGAAUAGUUGCUGUGGGUGUUCUGGACAUCUUGCCAUUCUGUGUGUCAUCUGUGUAUCUCUACUACCACCCUGACUUCUCCUCACUCUCUCUGGGCACCUACUCUGCUCUCAGGGAGAUCGCCUUCACCAGGCAGUUACAGAAGCAGUCACCCAAACUCGCCUAUUACUAUCUGGGUUUCUACGUCCAUUCCUGCCCCAAGAUGCGCUAUAAGAGUAAUGAAGUACCCACCACUACAGACGGCACCUACUGUUGUUGUUACCACGCCCUCUGCCCCUGACGUAAUCAGUUCCUGCGUAGAGACCAGCAAGCUUUUGGGGCCGGUGCGUAACCAGUAUUUCCACCCUGGAACGGCUUUUUCUGCAGUGGAAACGCGCGGAACAGUUUGAGAAUUCGCAUCGGCCCAGGAACCCACACCCAAACCAUGUUGGUGGAAAAGGGCUAUCUGUGGCCCACGUUGGCCUUUAGGACCCAGGUUCCACUUCUAAUCUGGAUUUGGCUCCUGGUUUCAAUGUCAUGUGAAUGACAGUGACAAACCUCAUAGAUUUUGAAAAGACCUGCCAAUUGGCCGCUCUGUCCUGUUAAUUUCAUCUGCUGUCAUCUCUUCAGUUAGGACAUUUUGAUAAAAACCCAUGGCCUGAAUGCCUAAACUGUUUAUUUUUGGUUAGGCAGGAGUUUUUCGCAUUUUGAGGCCAUCUCCAUUUUGAAGACGCUCUUUAAAUCUAGAUGUAUAUAAAUAUGCAGUAAAAUUCUGUCUGUUCAAACAAGUAUUAUCUUCAUGGCAGGUGUUGCAAAUCAAAUAAAACAGACUUGUACAAAACAUUGUGUGUAAAUUCUGCCGGAAUUGCAAAAGUAAUGGUUAUUUUCAAACAGGUUUUCUAAACACUUCCUCAUCUGCAAUUGGACAGACAAACAUGGUCGCGCCCCAAACUCACGCCAUUGAAUAAGGCAAUGUGGCUGUGUUGGGCUGGUCUGGAUGCUGAAACAGACAAUGAUUUGAUAGCACCACAGAGCCAUAGUGUUUGCACUUUUCAGUUUAAUCAGCCUACAUUUAGUUUACUUACAGUUAUCUCUGCAUAUUACCCUGGGUUAAGUGAACAUAUUUGAACAUUAAAGGAACAUGACAUUGAAUAGAAAACUAAUUGCAUGUAGGUAAUGAUUUAGAAGCCAUUUUUGCUGUUAAAUCUCUGUCAGUCGGUGUUGACGUUACGAUAAAGAGUGCUUUCCCCAACGAUCAGCUUGUAUGGAUAUUACUGCUCCCCACAGGGAAUGGAGGUGUUUUCUUUCACAAAGAUUCCUCGCCAGCAGUGAAGUCGAUGAUUUAUGCCCCUGAUUAAUUACUUUUCUAAUAAAUCUCAGGUAUGGGCCCCACGGCUGGACUCAACCAAAGGGGUAGAGUGUAUUACAGCAAGUGAGAAUGAAGAAAGAGACAUUUUUUCCCCUGGUUCCCAUUUUAUCACCUCCCCCCAAAAUGUUUUGAUGCCUAAUUCCACUUGAAUUUUAGAUUGAAGCUGUAGUAU